CUUCAGACACCAAAAAAAAAAACAAGGAGUAAUAAAAUGUCUCAAAUGGACAUUUCUACCAGAACGGAGGAAGGGGGAUGGAGAAGCAAGCCAUCGUUUAUGACGUGGAGAGCCCGCGACGUUGUCUACGUGAUGAGACACCAUUGGAUACCGUGUUUGUUCGCGGCCGGAUUCUUGUUCGUCGUAAGCGUGGAGUCCUCGAUCAAGAUGGUUUCCGAGAGUUCUCCACCGUUCGAUAUUGGGUUUGUGGCCACGGAGUCUUUGCAUCAUCUCUUGGCUUCUUCACCGGAUCUUAACACCGGUUUGGCCGCUCUAAACUCGGUGUUAGGAGUGAUGCAAGUAUCGUAUAUUGCAUGGACAUGGUUAAUAGAAGGACGGCCACGAGCCACCAUCACGGCUCUAUUCCUCUUCACUUGUCGCGGUGUUCUCGGUUACUGUACUCAGCUCCCUCUUUCAAAGGAGUAUCUAGGAUCAGCAAUCGAUUUCCCGCUAGGAAACCUCUCGUUCUUCUAUUUCUUCUCGGGUCACGUGGCAGGCACGACCAUCGCAUCUUUGGACAUGAGGAGAAUGCAGAGGUUGAGACUUGCGAUGGUUUUUGACAUCCUCAAUGUAUUACAGUCGAUCAGGCUGCUAGCGACGAGAGGGCACUACACGAUCGACCUCGCAGGUGGAGUUGCCGCCGCGAUUCUCUUUGACUCAUUGGCCGGCAAGUAUGAAGCUAAUACAAGAAAAAGACAAUUGUAGGAACCCGUUUCAGCUUGAUUACCAAAAGAUUCUCUUCAACAUGUUAAGUUGCUGUUGAUUUAAGUCUAUACUGGGGUUCGGCAAUUAUUCUCCCCUGAGCCAGUGGUUUGGACUUCAUGGUCAGACUGUAUAUGUUGUUUAUUUCUCAUUUUUUUAUUC